UGAGAUGAAGGUGAAGGCUCUCAUUGAGGACAAUGGCAGGACCUUCCAUUGCGAUGCCCAGAACGGCCUGGGAGUCGUUCUCUCCACAAACAUAUCACUGAAUGUGCUGCAUGGGCCAGUCUGGAUGUCGGUGCCGAGCGGAACCAUCGACGUCCAUGAAAAAGAGGACCUGUUGGUGACGGCUUCGGCCUCUGCAAAUCCUCCGCCAGUUAAGUACAGCUGGUGGCACGGUCCUCUGGAAUUGGAGGGCCAAGUGGAGCCUGUCGCUGGAGGAGGAGGAGGAGGGAGGAGGAGGAGGAGGAGGAGGAGGAGGAGGAGGAGAGGGCCAAUUGGAAGGGCGCCUUGA